AUGUUGACAAUUUGCAAUGACAGCCACCGUGAUUUUAUCCUUCUGGGCUUCUCUGACAAGCCAUAUUUGGAAAAGAUACUUUUUUGGGUAAUUCUGAUCUUUUAUGGCUUGACCACUGCAGGAAAUAUGGUUGUAAUUUUUGUCUCCUUGAAGGUUCCCAAACUCCAUAUCCCAAUGUACUACUUUCUUUCCAACCUCUCCCUGCUAGAUCUCUGUUUCACCAGCAGUUGUGUUCCACAGAUGUUGGUUAAUUUCUGGGGUCCAGAGAAGACUAUAAGCUAUAUUGGCUGUACUGUUCAACUCUAUGUCUUCUUGUGGCUUGGGGCCACUGAAUGUGUCCUUCUUGUGGUCAUGGCUUUGGACCGCUGUGUGGCAGUGUGUCAUCCACUAAAAUACACCACUGUCAUGCACCCAAAACUUUGCCUGCAGCUGGCCAUCUUUGCAUGGGGGACUGGCCUGAUUCAGUCUCUGAUCCAGUCUCCUGCUACCUUCCAGUUACCCUUCUGCUCCCACCAGACAGUGGAUGACAUUGUAUGUGAAGUCCCAGCCCUCAUUCAAGUCUCCAGUGCAGACACCAUCUACAUUGAAAUCAGGAUGUUCGUAGCCAGUAUUAUUCUCCUGGUGGUGCCCUUGAUCAUUAUCCUUGCCUCUUAUGGUGCUGUUGCUAAGGCUGUGCUGAGAAUAAAGUCAACUGCAGGACAGAAGAAAGCAUUUGGCACCUGCACUUCUCAUCUUCUUGUGGUCUCCCUCUUCUAUGGCACUGUCACAGCUGUCUAUCUUCAACCCAAGAGUCGCUAUGCUCAUGAACAAGGCAAGUUUCUCACCCUUUUUACACUGUUGUAACUCCGACUCUUAACCCGCUCAUCUAUACUCUAAGGAACAAAGAGGUAAAG